UCGUAAAUUUGAGCGAAAGACAACCUCAGACUAAAGUCCUCCGUACCUAACUAACUAUUUCCUAGGUAAGACUCCGCAGGAAUGUCGACAACAUUGAACAUGCUAUCCUCUCGGUUCUACACAUCCCCCUCCCUCCCUACCACCACUAACACUAACCACUACCUACGACCCCCCGGCCCAGUAUUCCACUCUUAUUCUUUUUUCUAUUUACCCCUGGAACAAACCCAUGAACCGAACCCGACCUGCAACCUGUCUACCAACCUUACCAACAAUAAAGGACUUGUAUACACUUCCGGUAGACUUCGCUCGCACUCCCCACGUGACGGCCAGUGCACCUAUCCUCCUCCCUCCUCUCCUAACUACCUGGUCCUGGUACCCAUUCUAUCUAUCCGUCUAUCUACCAACCAGACAAGAAAACAACCAAAACAAGUCGACCGACCGACAAGGUUGGGUUUGGUUUCGACAAAACAGCCCACAAGGUUAACUAGGGUGCGGUGUUCUAUCUUAUCCCCUUAGUUUACUCCUCCGGGUACUCCAUCGUCAUCGCUUCGCGUCACAGCGCGCGUGCGCGCGAAAAGGACAUCGUCCCG